CUGAGACGCCUUGUCCCAUCCCCGCCUCCUACCGCUGCUCACGGCGUGACCCGAGCCCGGAUCGGCCCCCUCGGGGAGGCGACGGCGGGGCUACAGCGGCAGCGCCGGUGCCACCGAGCAGCAGCAGCGGCGGCGGCGGCGUGAGCAGCAGCCCGCUCCCACCUGCCCGUGACAGAGGCUGGAGCUGCGAGCGUCGCGGAGCGGCGUUUGGUGCCCGCGCUCCGGAGCCCCCGCGCCGCGGCCGUGCGGCGCCGCGUCCCGCUCGCCCAUGAGCGCCGCCGCUCUCUACAGCCUGGACUCGCCGGCAUGUUAUAAGAGCUGGUGCCUGGAGCCCGCCAACUUCUACGACGCCAAGGUGGGCAGCGGCGGCGGGCCGGGUCCCGCCUGCAAGCCGGGGGCCCGCGGCGGCUGCGGGAUGAGCGGCGAGGAGGCGGGGGGCGGCCUCGGGGGCAGCGGCACCAACCUGGCGGAGCUGAGCGCCGCCGCCCCGGCCAUGUACGAGGACGAGAGCGCCAUCGACUUCAGCUCCUACAUUGACUCCAUGUCUGCCGUGCCCAACCUGGAGCUCUGCAACGACGAGCUCUUCGCCGACCUCUUCAACAGCAACCACAAGCCCGAGCGGGGCGGGGAAUACGGCGAGUACUUGCCACCGGGCGGCGGCGCCGGCCGCGACCCCGCCAAGGACCUCGGCGCUGCCAUGACCACCCUGCUGGGCUCCGAGCCCCGCACCGCCUCCUCCUCCUCCUCCUCCUCUUCCUCCUCCUCCUUCUCCUCCCGCGGCGCUCUGAAGCAGGAGCCGGACUGGAGCGACAGCGACCUCUCCUCCUCGCUGCUGCCCUCGCAGAUCGCCACCUGCGCCCAGACCAUCAUGAACCUGAGCGGGCAGCCCACGCCGCCCACGUCCCCCGAGCCGCCGGGCUCCAGCUCCCCGUCCAGCUGCAGCACCCGCUCGCCGGGCCCCGCCGCCGCCGUGCCCGGGCCGGCGCAGGGCGUCCCGCCGCCCGCCGCCGCCGCCGCCGGGGGCAAGGAGCGCGGCGGCAAGAAGUGCGUGGACAGGUUUAGCCCCGAGUACCGGCAGCGCCGGGAGCGCAACAACAUCGCCGUGCGCAAGAGCCGCGACAAGGCGAAGCGGCGCAACCAGGAGAUGCAGCAGAAGCUGCUGGAGCUUUCGGCCGAGAACGAGAAGCUGCACAAGAAGAUCGAGCAGCUCACCCGGGACUUGACCAGCCUCCGGCACUUCUUCAAGCAGCUGCCCAGCGCUUCUUUCCUGCAGCCCGGCUCGGGCACCGACUGCCGGUAACCGGGGGGGAGCGGGACGGAGAGACGGACUCCGGGAGACGGUGGAUAAAUACCUCAGAGGGCCGUGCCGAGCCUCGCCGGGCCGUGCCGCGGCGCCCCGGGCCGGGCCGGGCGCGGCAGGAGGCGCGGAGCCGCGGCGGGACCUGCCGGCCCGCGGCCGCGCUCGGAACGCGGCAGCGACGUGGAGCGAUGCCUGGGUCUUUCACCACGAAACUUGCGAAAAAGGGAAAAAAAGCUAAAUAUAUUAUUUUUUUUUCUUCUCUCCCCUUAAAUUAUUUUUGUAAUGGUAGUUUUCGUCUUUUCUACAUUUUACUCAUACCGAUGCAGCUAUGGUACAUCUGUUAAAAUGAUUCAAAAUCCCAUGUAUUUUAGACAGUAGGAUGGAAAAAAAAAAAGACUGAGCAUGCUCAACCUUUUAUAUCAAUUUUUACAGCAUUUCUAAGAAUAAAGAAAAGCAUUUUAAAUCAA